UUUAUUGUGGUUGGUGGGGGUGACCAAUGGAAGUGUAGAUAGGCGUAAAAGCUAAAGUAAACUGAAAAAGAAAAAGUUAAAAAAGUUGAAGUGCAAGUGUAGAUAAAAAGACCAGAAGAAGAAAGUUUUAGUUCCAAAAGGGGAAAUGGCAUCUCAUAAUCAAAUCUUUAGACUUAUUAUUACAUUUUCUUUGAUUUCAUGGCUCAUGUUUCAAUCUCAUGUGUCUUCACAAGACAAGGUUAACUUGUCCUUGUACUAUGAAUCGUUGUGUCCAUAUUGUGCUGACUUCAUUGUGAACAAGUUAGCAAAGGUUCUUGAAACAGAUCUUGCAUCAAUUGUGACUCUUAGGCUUGUACCUUGGGGUAAUACUCAAAUUGCACCCAACACCAGCUGGAUUUGCCAGCAUGGACCAGCGGAGUGUCUGCUAAACACAGUGGAAGCUUGUGCUAUCAAGGUUUGGUCAAAUCUGGAAACACAUUUCAAGUUUAUAAAUUGUGUAGAACGAAUGCAUCUGGAAAACAGGCAGUCCUCGUGGCAAUCUUGUUUUUCUGCAACUGGUUUGAGCCAAACUCCCAUCAAGAAUUGCUAUAACAAUGGGCUUGGAUAUCGGCUAGAGAAAGCAUAUGCAGAUGAAACUGCAAGCCUGAACCCCAAUCACAGGUUUGUACCAUGGGUGCUAGUAAAUAAUCAGCCUCUUCAAGAAGAUUACCAAAAUUUUAUAGCAUACAUCUGCAGAGCUUAUAGAGGGCGCAAUAUACCACAAGCUUGCAAAAACACAGCACUUGAGAUCAAUAAAACAAACGUGCCAGAUAGUACUGGUCCUCGAGUCUGCUUUAGAGGAUAAUCAAUAGCUGAAUUAUGUAAAGAGUUGCAGUGUUUUAGAGUGUGGAGUAGCAAGUUGUUUCUUGACUGCACAAAUUGUACCAACUUUUAAUGAGCUUUGUAUUUUUCAAGCAACAAUGUAACAAGUGUUCAUACGAAUUGAAUAAAUGGACUUCUAUAACCGUAUUACUAAUA